UUUCUCACCUCGGUGGCCGCCGCACCCCCCACCCCCCUCCGUCCUCUCCUGGUCGCUCCUCACCUCCCAUCCUCUUCGUGGCCGGAUCUGGAUCCCCACCGACGCACUCCACCUCCGCCACUAGGGGCGCCCCCUUCACGGCUCCAUGCUUUCCCACCCCUUACCCAGGCUUGCGGCUGGCCAUGCGGUCUGGCUGGCCUUGGAUCCGGCCAUGGCCGGCCUAGAUCCGGCCGCUGUGCUUCGCGGUGACCUGCGGGGCCGGCGGCGGCGGCCGUGCGGCGCGAGGCCAGCAGCAGAGCCAGUAGCAGUGGAUGUGCUGCGCGAGGCUAGCAACGGCGGCGGUGCGGCGCGAGCUCUCUCUCUCUCUCAGAUCCAUCGCUGCUCUCUUCCUCAGAUCCAUCCGGCGGGAGCUCCAGCGCCUCCGUUGCCGCCGUAGGCUAGCGCCAUGGCCGGGCACCUCCUCCGUGGGAUACGCCUACGCGUCGCCGCCUCAGGCCACACGCCAUGGCCGGGUGCCGCCAACUCAUUUGAAAAGACGCCGGCGACCACACGCGGUACUACUACUACUUUUACUCGAAAUACUAUUUUCAAGAGCUGCUGGUUGCAGUGGUAAGGCUAGUUGGUUUCGACUGUGUUCAGAGAUUGAUUUCGCAUUCCCUGCACACCGCUCCCUUCCCUUGUCAUGGAAGUGGGAGUGCCUAAUUGUCAUGGCUACCCCCAGGCAAGAAGACAACAUGUGCAUAAUCUGUACAAUGCUACUACAAGAUAACUGGACCAGCACAGCCGCACAGGACAUUUCGGUGAGCCCAGAUCCUAUCAUAUUUGUUUUACCUGCAAUUAAAGUUUUUGACGAAAUGCAUCCUCAAUAGGCAA